AUGGCAGUAGAAGUUGGAGUUUCAGUGGAUGAUGAUAGCCCUAAGACCCGAUUUGUAAGAUAUCUUUACAUUGGUAAAGAGUAUCCAGUUUAUUAUUCAGGAACAUGGACCAAUCAAAAUCACUUUACAAUGGCCAAAGUUACGUCUAUUGUCGAAUUAGCUGCAGACAAAGAUACGGAAUUAUUUCCAAUUACUAAAAUAAAACAGUUAUUGGAAUCAGGAUCAGUACCUAAGCCUGAAACUUUGAUAUUUUCUCUAGCUGUAUGUGCACGACAAGAAAAAAGUGAGAAAUUACGACAAGCAGCAUAUAAUUUUAUUUCAGAAGAAUGUAAAAAUCCAGAACAGUUUAUGUUAUUCAUUGAAUAUGCAUCUCAACUAAGUAAACAAUCAUCAAUUCCCAAACAUGGUUACGGACAUGGUUGGCGUAGUAUGGUAAAUAAAUGGUAUUUAUCUCAUGAUGUUAAAAAUUUGGCUGAAUGUGUAACAAAAUAUAAAAGUAGGCAUGGGUGGAAACACAAAGAUAUUAUAAAGCUCUCUCAUCCAGUUACUAAAGGCCUUGGUCCAGACAUGCAGGCUGUUUUUAAAUACAUUAUGUUUGGCUUAGAUAAAGCAAAAUUGGAAUUUGGUAAUGAAACAAAAGCAAUAGAAAUUUUACAUUUUAUUGAACGGGUAGAUAACUUUCGACAGUGUGAAGAUGCUAUACGAGCUGCAGGAUUAAUUAGAACAUGUAAUUAUAAAUUAGAUCAUGUUCAUGCUAGUUUAAUUGAUUCGCCGGAAGUUUGGGAAGCUUUAAUCGAGUCAAUGGAUUUGCCUACUCUUGUUGAAAAUCUUCAAAGAAUUCAUAAUCUUGGUUUACUUAUACCAACAUCUCAAUUAACUGAAAAAAUAUUAAGUGCCAUCACAAACAAAGAUCAAAUACUAAGAUCGAAAAUUCGUCCUGCGGUUAUUCUUAUGGCUGUUAAAACUUACGAAGAUCCAGAUAAAAUACCAGUAUUUACAAAACGAAAGUUAGGAAGAAAAAAUAAACUUAAACAUCGACAAUUACCUAAUCCAGAUAAACGUAUUAUUGAUGCUUUAUAUUCGGCUUUAAAUAUUUCAUUUGCAAACAUUGAACCAACGGGUCUAAGAGUUUUAAUAACUGUAAGCACAGAAAGCUGGAAAAAGAAACAAAUUACUCACGUGUCAGUUGAUACUUUCAAACCCUGGGUACUUGAAGCUGCUUGUAUUAUUGCACUCGGCUUAUUACGAUCUGAAGAUAAAGUUACUGUAUCGGCUUUUACUGCCACUGAAGGUUUAAAUGCACGACCAGUUCAUCUUGAUAAAAAUGCAACAUAUCAGGAAGCCUACGAAAAAAUGCGUGUCCGAGUCAAUGUUCCACCAAAUCUUGGUAAACCAAUUCUUUGGGCAGCACAUCAUCGAAGAAAAUAUGAUGUUUUUAUCAAUGUUGUCGAUAAGAUGCGUGAAAAAUAUGAUUUUACAUCCCGGGCUAUGGAUCUUUACAAGAAGAAAAUGAAUUUACCUAACACAAGAUUGGUAAAUUGGGUUGUCGGCACUACAUCAACAUACAUGGAAAGCAAAUAUGUUAAUGAUGUGUUAACAGUUUGUGGUUUCGAUGUUCAUGUUCCAAAAGUUAUUGAAGCUUUUGCAAAACGUCAAUUUUAA